AUGCUGUAUCUCACCAAAGACCUCUUCCCAGUGUUCGUACCACUGGGAGUGGUCGGAUUCUAUCGCUAUCUCUGGUUCAUCAUCAAGUUACUCGCCUACUUCUUCUAUCGCCCAAUGAUGCCCAAGGCCAACCCGACCUACCGCCCCGAAUACGAUGUCACCAUCAUCGUCCCCACCAUCGAUGCCGGAGAGGAAUUCAAGGAGGCAGCACACUCCUGGCUCGCCAACAACCCUAAGGAGAUCAUCAUCAUCACGGAGACAAAGAUGAGGGAGCCGCUGCAGGAACUGGCCAAUUCGGUCGAUCCAGCCCGCAUCCGAGUCCUGACGGUGCCCAAGGCCAACAAGCGGUUACAGAUGGUCGAGGGUAUUAGGAACACGACGAGCGAGAUCAUCGUAUUCGCAGACGACGACGCUAUCUGGGGACCAAGGUGUCUGGAGUACAUCCUUGCCUGCUUCGAGGACCCCAACAUGGGCGGCGUCGGAACUUCGCAGACCGUCAAAUCCGUGGGUCGCUACCAAACCGUAUGGGAGGUCCUCGCGGGCUUCCGUCUCACGAUCCGUAACAUCGAGAUUGCUGCAUCGACCCAUAUCGAUGGCGGGAUCUGCUGUCUGUCCGGUCGCACGGCCGCCUACCGCACAUGUAUCCUGCAGGACCCUCAGUUCCAAUACCAAUUCACCCACGAUUUCUGGUUGGGCAAGUACCCCCUCAACUCCGGAGACGACAAGUUCUUGACGCGCUGGAUGGUCUAUUACGGCUGGAAUACCUACGUCCAGAUCUGUCAAGAGGCUGAAUUGCUCUCGACCUUCAAGAACAACUGGCGGUUUGUCAAGCAGGUCUUGCGUUGGACCCGAAACACCUGGAGAUCCGACUUCCGUUCCCUGUUCAUGGAACGCGUGAUCUGGAGACGACAUCCUUAUGUGGCCUUCACCAUGGUCGACAAGAUCUUUAACCCGAUUACUCUGCUCUCCGGCCCGAUUUCCGUCAUCGUCAUGGCCUGCGAGGGCAAGUUCCACUUGCCGAUCUGGGACAUCAUCAUCUCCUAUGUCGUCUGGCUGAUGAUGACUAGAAUCAUUAAGCUCCUGCCACAUCUGUUCAAGCGGCCCCAGGACAUUAUCUGGGUGCCGGCCUUCUUGAUCUUUGGAUACUAUUUUGCGAUCAUGAAGCUCUAUGCGCUCUUCACGCUGCACGAGGUCGGUUGGGGCACACGAGCGGGUAUCGAUCAGACCCCUGCAGAAGCCGCUGCGGAGAAGGAGAAGGCUCUACGGGAGAUGGACCACCAGGGGAAGAGUCCCGAAAUGGAUCCGGAUGUGUACGAGUACAAUCAUGACGACGAGCUGGCUCAGUACUUUGCACAAUCGGAUGCGGCCCUGUCGUCGAUGCAUGCGAACAACUCUCAUGGGGAGUACUAUGAUGUCUACGACCCAACAAUAGAGGAAUACGGACGCGGAGGAUCCGGCGCUCCGGCGAACAGCCAAAGACGAUCAGGAUACUUGUAA